AUGGUACCUAGUGAGGUUGCAGUCCUGGUCAUUGGCCUCCAUGAUUACGGUCUGGCCGUCGCCAAGGAGCUCAGGCGUCUUGGCGUUCAGCAUCUCACCCUGUUGGACAACGAUGAAUCACGUUUGACUCGGGCGAAAGACGAGCUCGGUGACGUGACAGUCCUCCACCGAGACCCUGUCGAGCUGCAUUCCAGCAACCCAGACGUACUGGUCACUCCACAAGUGGUCGUGGCCUUGGACCAGCCUCGAGACUUUGAGGUCACACUGGACACCCUCCGUUGGCAGAACGGCGACGCACCGUUUGUCAUCUCCCGCUGUAGCGCGUUCGCUUGCAAGUUCCGCUCGGCGUACCACACCAUAGUGAUCAAUGGACAAGAGUACAAAGGCGGGAGCCUCUUAGACGCCGUGGAACCCUUCACCGAUGAGAAGAAGGCUCGACUGACUACCGUCGUGAAGGAGCGGCUAUCAGACGAGCACCUUCCUGUUUACCUCGGUGGAGCGGCGGUCGGCUCAGUGCUCAGCGCGAUCCCAUACUUUGACCGCAUUCCUUUAGCACUCGAUAGCGACGAGUCGCGCGCUCAAGUCAAGACCGAAUGCCACAGGCUCGCUACGGACCGAGGUCUGAGGGAUGUCCUUCCCCACGCGCUCAAUGUGUGA